AUGCCUGCCCCCAUGCCUGCCGUCAUGCCUGCCGUCAUGCCUGCUGCCGUCCUCAAAUGCCCUCCUGUGUUCUCAAGCCCCAAAACCAGUCAACUCUCACCUGCAAAGCCGUCCCUCCCCUUCUCUCAUCUGCAACCCCCCCACUUCCCCCCACCACCCCUGCAGGUCUGCAACAUCUUUCACACGGACCUCAACCGUUUUCAGAUGGUCUGCAACAUCUUUCACACGGACCUGAUCGGUUUUCAGAUGGUGAGGAGGGAAAGACUCGCCCGCAUUCCCCUGCAAGGCAACUUCUACCCCAUGCCCGCCUGGCCUUCCUGCAACACCCCUCGGGCCUGCGCUGCCAGUCUCCAAGUAAGCUCUUCUUCCCUACACUUGCUUUCACCCCACGGCUCCCCCCUCUCCUCACGCGGUCACACCCCUCUGCCUGCCAACCCACGCCCAAUUCUACCCCAUGCCCGCCUGGCCUUCCUGCAACACCCCUCGGGCCUGGGCUUCUCUGCUCACACUCGCCAAGCCAUGGAAUGUGCCAGUCUCAAGGACGAUGGGAGGGGGCUCACACAGGGAGUCUCUGACAAUUACCCGCUGCUCUCCCUGCUCUCCCUGCUCUCCCGCCUCCGCUCCUCCCCUCCCCUCGUCCCCUCGCCUCCUUCCUCGCCCUCAGAGCGGUUGGCUACAGAUGGUGCUAGACCGAAGGCUGAACCAGGACGAUGGAAGGGGGCUCACUCAAGGAGGCCCUGA